CUUCCGUCGUCACCAGCGGCGUCAGAGAGCUGUUGUUGUGGUCAUUGAAUGGAGGUGGUGACCACGCCGACACCAUGAAGAGGUCGCAGAGCGCAGCCUCCAAUCCCCGGUCUGAGAUCACAUCAUGAGCCAGGUCUUCUUCAGUCGUCGUCGACUUCGCUGAGUGGACGAUCGCCGUUAGCUUUAGCUUUAGCUGUAGCUCAGGCGCGUUUUUGUUUAUCCGCCGGCUUUUUUAAAAAAACAAAAAAAUAUUCACCGGUGCCUGGAGAAAAUGCAGAGGCUCGGGUCUGUGAAAAGUGUCUGGCAGCUGCUGAAGUCGAGCGGCGAGCGAGCCGCAAAACAAGCACACACCUCGCCGUCGACCUCGAGAGGCUACAGCCAUGGCCCCGGCUCCUUCGGGCUCCUCUUCGACAUUGAUGGGGUGCUGGUGCGGGGCAGGACGCUGAUCCCUGCCGCCAAGCAGUGCUUCAGGAAUCUGGUGGACCGCAACGGUGAAUACAAGGUCCCGGUUGUGUUCGUCACCAACGCCGGGAACUGCAUGAGGCAGACGAAAGCGGAACAUCUGUCACAUCUGCUUGAGGUGGAGGUGUCUCCAGACCAGGUGAUGCUGUCCCACAGUCCUUUGCGAAUGUUCAACCAGUUCCACAAAAUGUGCGUGCUGGUGUCGGGACAGGGUCCCGUGGAGGAGGUCGCUCACAACCUGGGCUUUCAGGAUGUUGUUACUAUAGAUAUGCUCAGAGACGCGUAUCCUCUUCUGGAUGUGGUGGAUCACAACCGAAGGCCUAAAUGCAGCAUACCACCCACCAAAGGCUUACGGCCGAUAGACGCUAUCAUCUUAUUUGGCGAGCCAAUCAGAUGGGAGACCAACCUCCAGGUUAUCGUUGACGUGCUCCUAACAAACGGGAACCCAGACGAUGCCUGGAGUUCGAUACAGUACCCUCACAUCCCAGUCUUGGCCUGCAACAUGGACCUGCUGUGGAUGGCAGAGGCAAAAAAUCCCAGGUUUGGUCACGGUAUGUUCCUGGUGUGCUUGGAAAGCCUUUACAAGAAGGUCACAGGCUACGAGCUGAAGUACGAGGCUCUGAUCGGUAAACCCAGCGUGGUGACUUAUAACUACGCUGAGUUGCUGGUCAGACAGCAGGCUGAGAAGCUUGGCUGGACCAUGCCUGUGAAGAGGCUGUAUGCCAUAGGGGACAAUCCCAUGGCUGACAUAUAUGGUGCCAACCUCUACAACCGCUACCUCCAGGCUUCUCUGUCUGCCAAGGCCCAGAAGCAAGCCAAGAGUGGCGGAGUAGGUGUCGAUCCCUUUACCGAAACUGUUAACGGCCCUAAAUUGACAGCGACGGAGCUCGGCGGCGCGUCAGGUGUUUACGGGGCGGAAGAGGACCUCCCAGAGGGUUGCAGCUCCAUCCUGGUGUGCACCGGAGUGUACAGCAGAGACCAGCAGGAGCUGCCCUCGGACACAACUCAGACCAUCACCGAGCAGCACAUCUUCCACGGCCACCGAGACUUCCGCUUCGACCCCAGCCUCAUGCAGCCGUCCUUUGUGGUGCAGGAUGUAAAGGAGGCGGUGGAGCUGGUGUUCCAGCAGGAGGGCUGGCCCCUGGAGUAGGACACACCUCUCAAACUCUGGCUCCAACUCUCAGCUUAACCAGUAAAGGUCUGACGCCUCCGAAACUGGUAGUAGCAGAAGCUUGAGGGUGUGUAUUUUUUGUUUUUUAAUCUUUGAUUAUCACAGGGUAGAGAUCACUGUAACUGUGGCUAGUUCUUUUUUAUGAAGUGCCAUAGAAUCAGCUGCAAAAAGCAACAAUGAAAGAAUGCUGUUUUAACAAAAUACAGGAAGGUCUGAGACAUUUUAAGUUGCUCAUGCAGGGUAGUGUCACUGCGAUUUUUAUAAAAUAAAAUUCAAGAACAACACACACAUCGGUGUUUCUAACAGCCCUACCUACUGCGUGUGGAGACUGUAUCGUCAAAGACCGAAGUUCAUGUCUGAUUUCGUCUGUCUUUUCUCGUCUUUGGUCUAAACAGUCAGUAUUAGCCUUGUGAACAGAUUUUCUUAGUGUUGGAGUUGCGUUAAUUUUUGCUCAGACUUUUAAAAAAAAAGUCCUAAGUUCAUGGAUGAGAGCAAAGACACUUUAACGAUCAGACAGAUCCAGAAAGGUCUCCGCACUGAUAGAUCUGUUGAAACCACCACAGACAAAGAUGGAUCGCAUUCUGUUCACAGCCGCCUGUCUAACUAGGUCAUCUUGCCUUUCCAAAAAAGACAGCCCCCAGCAGGUCUCAUGUACCAGUUCUGCUGUUUGUUUGCACUGCUCUCUUCUUUCAGCUUGAUUCUUUUCUUUUUUUAAGCUAGGAUGAAUACGUGACCACUAAUGCUGAUGUCAUUAACUUGCCAGGUAUCACUUUAGUACCUCAUCAGAUUCUGUUUUAGCCUUAGUCAGGUGUAUGCCAAUUUUAUUUUAUUUUUGCUAAGUUGUCAGAAUUACACAGUCAGUACCACAGUUUUCACAGCAAUGAAAAAGGUGCUAUUUCUUUCCGUCUAGUGUUUAUAAUUGUAGAAAUUCUAUGAUGAAAUCGGAAUUUCUGUAUUUAUUUAUUUAAGAGAAAAUAUUUAAAUACAGAACCAGCACUGACAUUUCCUAUAGUGCUGUUUGUUAUCUUUGUAACUGACACACGUAGAAAUGUAUGAUUUGUUUGUGACUUCAAUUGCAGGUUAAAACUGUGAAACACUGGUAAAGUAACUGCCAGAGCCAUACUGUAUGAAAGAAUAUUACUGUAUGAAAGAACAUUAAAAAAACAAACAAGUGAA